AUGAAACUUACUUUCUAUUUGGCCAUCCUAGCUGGAACAGCUUUAUUCACUCAGUCAUACGUGCAGAAAGAAGACCCUGCUCCUUACUUAGUGUACCUUAAGUCUAACUUCAACCCCUGCGUGGGUGUCCUCAUCAAGGCCAGCUGGGUGCUGGCCCCAUCACACUGCUAUUUGCCAAAUCUGAGGGUCAUGUUGGGAAAUUUCAAGAGCAGAGUCAGAGAUGGGACAGAGCAAACAAUUUAUCCCAUCCAGAUCAUCCGCUACUGGAAUUAUAGCCAUGUCGCCCCACAGGAUGACCUCAUGCUUAUUAAACUAGCUAAGCCUGCCACCUUCAACCACAAAGUCCAGGUUCUUCCCAUAGCCACCCACAAUGUCCGGCCAGGCACUGUCUGCACAGUUUCAGGUUUGGACUGGAGCCAAGAAAACAAUGGCAGGCAUCCUGACUUAAGGCAGACUCUGGAGGCUCCAGUGAUGACUGACAAAGACUGCAAGAAAACUGAGCAAGGGAGCAGUCACAGGAACUCCUUAUGUGUCAAAUUUGUGAAAGUAUUCAGCCGAAUUUUUGGGGAGGUGGCCGUAGCUACUGUCAUUUGUAAAGGCAAGCUCCAGGGAAUUGAAGUUGGACACUUCAUGGGAGGGGAUGUUGGCAUCUAUACCAAUCUUUACACAUAUGUACCUUGGAUUGAGAAAGCCACUAAGGACACCGUGAGAUGA